AUGGUGGCGGCGGCGAGAGUGCUUGGGCGCGGCGGCGCAUUUGCAUGCGCGCCAAUGGCGGCCGCGGCCACGCCCCGCUCCCGCGCCCACGGCCGGCGCCCACCACAAGGACCUCCUGAGCCACCGACGCACGAGCCCUUAAAUCGCUGGUACGCGCUCCACCAACACCACACAAGGCCUCGCGCUCGGGGACUGACGGAGGACCGUUCUAUCAAGUCCGCUCUAUUUCAAAGAUCUCCGCGACUGAAUUUGUAUCAUCGCAACGUGGACGCGGAGAUUGACCCCUCCGUGAGGUCGCCGGUAAGGCGGCGG